AUGGCCUGCGAUUGCGGAUCUACGUGCGGCUGCAGUGGAGCUAGCUCCUGCUCGUGUGGCCAGAGCUGCUCAUGCAAGAACUGCGGCAAAUAA